UUCAUUUUGGAUUCUUUUGUUUUUGGGGGCAUCUGGGAACGUCGAAGCACGCUCACGCUUGCCCGAGACGGGAUGGCCACAACAGCUACGUCUGAUGUGGGGCCUGGAGCUGGAGCUCCCUUCUCAUCCAUCAUCACGACGGUCCGACGCUCGCUGACGUCUCUCGCCAACAAGGAAAAACAGCACGCCAGAAAGCCCGAGGAUGGACAUGCUCAAAUCACUCGUCUCAUCGCCAUCCAACCCAAACCAAACUCUACCCCUCACCCGCCAGAUAGUCAAGCAUCGUCGGCCGGCAAAGACAGUCAUGAGAAACCUCCACUCCACCUGCUGGCCCUACCCACUGAGCUGCUGAACAACAUUCUGCGCCAUCUGAACUUUGUGUCUAUCCUGGAGCUCCGAAAGACAUGUCGCUUUUUCCACACCCUCGCUUCACCUCCCCAGCUGCGCAUCCUCUUUGGCCGCGAGCAACUGACGACCCUCCUCCUUCAGCAUUGCAAGACGUGCCUGGUGCAUGACCCCUUCCGCUCUAACCUGCUCUCUUGUAGUCACGAGGAUGAGGGGUGGCCUUUGGCAUCCCAGUGCGUCGACUGCGCCUUGGUGGCCAACGAUGAGAGAUUAAAGAUUGGGAAGAGGGUGAAAUUGGGCACCGAGGACGUGGUUCAGAUAUGCCGUUGGUGUGGAAGACCGAUACGGAAUCACGAAGGCGUGGCCGGGCCUCCCGAUCCAAACAGUCCAGGAAUCAGGAGAGAUGGCCGUCCUUUUCACAAGGGCAACUGUUAUCGUAGCUACAACAACAGCCUCUUGUUUUUCUUCAUACUGGGCUGGGUUCAACUAACCCUCGGCAUCACGGGAGCCGGGCUGAGCUGGCGGUACUGGAGAGGGGCAGUCAUGGUUUUUGCACCGUCCGUCACGUCGUUUCUGCUGCUGUGGAUCGUCAUGGGCUUCCUGUUUUUCCGAGGCAGCAGGAAGCGGGCAUACCGAUACACCCUCUUGUUGGAGCUUGCCAUCUUGGGGUGCUGGAUCCCGCCCGUUUACUACAUCAGCAUGCAGAUCGUGAACCACCCGGAGAGGGACGUUGAUGCGGCAAUGCAGGCGGCGCUGGCCUUGUUUGGGUUGAACUUAGUGUUUCGAUUAUUCAACGUCAUGGGCAAUGUCGUGAUUCUGUGUUCGACCCCAGAUCUGACACCAAGAAAAAAGCCAAACGCUGGAUUGUUCAAAAGAGCCAUUUAUAAGCUCAUGCUGUGGUCGGUUGCGUGGACAUACCCUCCAAGUGUGGAGCAUAGGCUUUCAUCUGAGUGA